AUGUCCAAGAAGGAUGUGGCGUGUUUCUGGAUCGUACUGCUCCUGUGCCAAGAGCUACGGACCGACCCGAUCGCAGAGAUGGGACCAUCCUCCGGCAUCCUGAUUCAAGAGACACCAGGGUUCAUCUUAACAGAGAAGAGGAUCCUGACCCGACGUGUGUUCGUCAGCUUGGACCCCAAGAUUUCCAUCGAGAAGGCAUACAACAUUUCAUCGAUGCAGCUUCCUGAGUUACAGACUUGGUACCAGAUGCACCUCCAAAGAGCACAGGACCGUGUGCGAAACAUCUUGGAGCAAGCCCGGAAACCAUUUGUAUCCAGUUCUAUUCCGAUGAGCAACCGACCCAAAAGGUUCCUCACCGCUAUAAUUGUUGCAUUAGUUUGUGCCACUGUCGGUGCAGUUGUCGCAACUGGAAUGUCUGCAGCCAACUCUAUUACUGUCCAAAAGCUGGAUAUGGAAAUCUAUGCGCUAAAGCAACACAUUAACGAUAUUCAUCAGGUGAUACAACAGCAAAGAACACUUCUCCAAGACGUGUUAACUAUUGUGGAAGACACAGUUGUUACAACGAAUUUGCAUUCGGAGUUAAUUGCCAAAUCCACUGAGUUGCACCAAAGUCAUGACUUAUUUAAGCGUGAACUUCUAUUUCUGCAUGACCCAAUAUUGUUCCAAGGAUAUUGUUCAUGCGAUGCUUGCCAAUGUGGAUGGAGAGACAAUUGAGCCUAUGCAAUUAAAUCUGGCCUUUGAGAUGGGGAGCGCUAUACCUCUCUUAAUUGAUCCGGAACGUAUGGAG